CAGAGGGAGAGAGAGUGAGAGAAAAGGGGGCUGUUAGAGUGCUCGCUGAAACACACCAAUCAGAGAAACAGACAGCAUCAGUCGUGUCUGGGCUCACACUGCACUGUUGGUUCUUUACCAAGUGGUGAGAUCAGAUGAUACCGAAAAUAUAUAUAUAUUUUUAAAUAACUGAACCGAAACACCGAACAGGCUACGUCUGAGGUUUGUGUUGCGGGUAAAGUUUGGAUUUUAGACAGCUUGCACUGAGUGAAGCUCCUCCCGUCUCUCCCUUCACCGUGGACACAGCAGGUGGAUGCCGCCAUGCCAUUUGGGUGCCUUGCCGUGCGAGAUGGGCGGAACUUAGACAACAUCUAUGAUGUCACCGACAAGUACGAGAUGGGACAGGUCCUUAAAGCGAAGGAGUUCUGUGAGCUGUGUAUGGCUAAAGACCGACAAACCAACAAGGUGUUUGUCUGUAAGAAGUUUCUGAAGAAGGACGGGAGGAAAGUACGCAAGGCUGCCAAGAAUGAAAUCCUGAUCCUCAAAAUGGUCAACCAUCCAAAUAUCCUCCAACUGAUCGACACUUUUGAGACGCGGAAGGAGUUCUUCAUCAUCCAGGAGCUGGCUACAGGCGGUGAUGUGUUUGACUGGAUUCUGGACCAGGGGAAUUACACAGAGAGAGAUGCUUCCAACGUGAUCAAACAGGUUCUAGAGGCUGUAUCCUAUCUACACUCACUCAACAUCGUACACAGGAACCUCAAGUUGGAGAACCUGAUGUACUACACAGAGAACAAUCACAACAAAGUGGUUCUGCGGGAUUUCUACCUGUCCAAGUUUGAGAACGGUUCCAUCACAGAACCCUGUGGAACACCGGAGUACCUGGCUCCUGAGGUUGUGGCCAGACACCGGUACGGUCGACCGGUGGACUGUUGGGCAGUAGGGGUCAUCAUGUACAUACUUCUGUCGGGGAAUCCUCCGUUCUACGACGAGACAGAAGAAGAGAACACAGACCUUCACAACCGAAUCAUCUUCUGUCGUAUCAUAGCUGGGGAGUUUGAGUUUGACGCUCCUUACUGGGACGACAUCUCUGUUCCAGCUAAGGAGUUGGUGUGUAGACUGAUGGAGGUGGACCAGAUGCUGAGAAUCACAGCUACAGAUGCUCUCGUACACAAGUGGAUUGCUGGUAACGGGGCCUCGGAGAAGAACCUGAAGGAGGGAGUGUGUGCCCAGUUUGAGAAGAACUUCGCUAAGGCCAAAUGGAGGAAAGCGAUCCGAGUCACAACCUUCAUGCAGCGUCUUCGUGCGUCUGAGACUGCUGCAGCUGAAGUGGAGGCAGGAGGGCAGGGGGAAGGAAGGGGUGAGGACCAGGGAGGAGGAGGGCAGAGUGAGGGAGGAGGGGUGACACCAGAGGUGACGGUUGGAACUAAUCCGGAGCGUGAGGAGAGGAACGGGGGAGUCGGGGUGAGGAGGUGGGGAGAGGAGAGGGGAGGAGGGAGGAGAAACCCUUUGAGUCCCUCUGUAGGGAUCUCUCCUUCCACCAAUAAUGAACCGCUGUCCCAGCCUCCCAACCAAUCAAAUGCCAGCUCCAAACCUCUGGGGGACGAGCCAAAGAAGCCAGCCGUGAAGAAGACGUCAGGCAAAAUGGCCGCCGCAUUGGGUCAAACCGAAACAACAACAGAGACCAAAACACCUCCUACCCCCAUCGUAACCCCUGGCCUCACCAAACCCCAGGACCCCGUCACUGUCUCUGACCACGACACAGCAGCACCAUCGUUGCCUAGCAAUGCCAAGAAGAAGCAACCAACCUAUGUCACUCCUGAGACUCCAACGACUCAACGACACAAGAUGGACGCCCAACUCCCCAACAUGGGCCCAGGCCCUGCUGCUGCUACUACUACUACUGCUGCAGCCAUAGCCCCACCUGCUGACAGGAGGCCGGCAGUGCAGGCUCCAGUAGAGGAGAAGAAGCUGGGUGACAGUAGCUGGUGUCAGACCCAGCUCCCUGAGGCUGUAGCUGAGAGGCCUGCUGGAGGUGGGGGAGUAGGGGGAGGAACUGGGAUUGAGAUGGGAGGGGGAGGGGCAUCUGGAGCAGGGUCAGGGGUACUUGGAACAGGAUCAACAGUAAGAACUGGGAUAGGGCCAAGAGGUGACGCGAGCCCCAUUGGUAGAGACCAGAGAGCAGACAGGCACAGUGUAGAGUCCAGGGGGGAACCCGAACCGUCCGAGGGGGGCUACAGUUAUACCAUAGGGGCCCUGGGAAGCUCCCGUUGUCUAGGCCGACACACCACCCUAUACGGCCAGGAGGUUGAGCUGGGGGGGUACGGGGGUUCCUACUGCUCCUCUCUGUACGGCAGCGGGGGUGGAGGGAGGAUGUAUGGGGGACUGGAGCACGGAGGUGUUGGGGUCAGAGGUCAUGGUAGUAGUACUGCUGAUUGGCAGAUGGACAGCGUGAUCGAACAGAUCGAGAAGCAAAUGGCGGCGGUGCUGGAGAAGAUCGAGGGGGACAUGCCCUCUCUCCUGGAACAGAUCAGUGACUGCCCCCCGCCACCCGAACUCCCCCGCAGCACACACACCUCGCCCUCCUCACGCUUCCGCUCCUCCCAACACCAACCAUCUCACUCCUUCACCUCCUCCCUCACCUCCACUGCUACACCCCCACCCCUCCCCACAUCUCCCAGACCACCUCUUCCCUCCCUCCCCCACCUCACCAUCCCCCCUCCAUCCUACCCGCCUCCUUCCCUGCCCACCCGCUCCCCUGGUCAGCCAAUCGGUGAGCACAAGGAGAGAGACGGACAGAGGGGAGCAGUCCAUUCCAGCCAAUCCCCAUCCGUGAGGCCAGGGAAGGGCCUAUGAGGGACUAAAGUGGGCACCUGAUUGCAUUUCACUUCAUUGCAUUGGUUUGGAAGGAGAAAACAGUCCUGCCCGACUCAUUUGGAGGUUGAAGGAUAUCCCACCCUGUCACUCUGUAGAUGUAAACACCUUGUUGUGAACCACCCGGCCACAAGGUUAAUCACCAUAUCCCAGGGUAUUAUUCAGGAGCGUGUGACAUCACAAUGUUAGAGAGAAAUAGAUGCACCCAUGUUGUUGUUUAUCAUGCAGAUUUGUCAGGACCUAGUAACUUAUGAAGCUCAUUCUAAUAUACAGAUGUGAUUUCUGUCCCAGAGGAUUUGAACUGUGUUCAAGUCUUCAAUUUAGACCACAAUUAGUUGAAUUAGGUGUUAGUGAAGAGCUGGUACAAAAACCUGUGAAACUCCUGUCCCAUCAAAACAAAAUGGCUGUCAUAACUACAUUUGCACUCAUGUACUGAACAAGUUUAUGAGUGUUGGGAGUUCAUUUCCUUGAGAUGUCCCUCAGUUGGGAAAUAUUUUCUACAAUGGACUGUGUUUAAAGGACUCAUGCACACAGGAAAACCAAUAAACAUUUGCAUUUUUUUUAAAUUGAAAAUGCCUAGUGUUGAUGUCUCCACGUGUUUCUGGUUCUGAGGCAGUUAAACCCACUGUUCCUAGGCUGUCAAUGAAAGGCGGGGUCAUCUGGGGUCUGCAGGUCAUCCAAUCAAUGAGAGAGAAGGGCAUCAAUGAUAUUACAAUGUGGCAGGGUAGCCUAGUGGUUAGAGCGUUGGACUAGUAACCGGAAGGUUGCAAGUUCAAAUCCCCGAGCUGACAA